AUGGCUUUUAUUUUGCUCUUUCCCAUACUACUUUUUUAUUUAUUUUUCUUUUUAUUCUUCACUAAUAUUUAUAUAGAGCCAAUGUCGCGAGCAUUUUGGAGUGUUCCCAUGGUAACUUUGGGGGAAUUUGACGCUCUUGAGGGGGCUAAGGCAACCUGUGUAUCAGAAUAUUAUGCAUAUCAGGAAGUGGAUAUUUUCGGACCUCACUUGUUACGCCUUUCUGCUGUGUGUGGAAAGACUUUUCUUAGUGCUCGAGUGAUUAGUGGACCUUUGUGUCCAGAAUAUAAGGAGCGGAUGAAGGCCGUUGUCGCACGUGUUCUUGCUUCAAAUGAAUCUAAUGAAGAAUCCGUGCUAAUGCUGGAUCCACUGGCCGGAGGAAUUGCCGGUAUGUCUUUUUCUUUGGAAGAUAUUUUAGCCCGCGGUGAAAAGCGUCGCUUCUGUAUUAUAGUGACACAUCCUCAAAGUGAUGAACUUGUGCGUCAGUGGCCACUGGUCUCUUUAUUUCUAAAUAUUCUAUUGGAAGAAUGGUCUACUGCAACAAAAAAGCGCCUAGCAUUAGAAUAUUCCAUCUUUCCAGAUUUAGAAAGGUGUCGUGAAGAGGCGCGUAAACGCUCAAUGCGUUCAUUGAUGUGCUUGAUAUCUCAAAACACGGAAUCUGAAGAAGAAGCCUUUAAACGUGUUCAUAGUUUUUUUGAGCGUUUUUUCCCUGCUUUGUUUGGCGUUGAGCC